AUGGCACAACCUUCUGCCCAGAGCCACAUGAAGCUGAUCACCCUGCAGCUGCUGCUGUGGCACAGUAUUCUCUGGAUGGUGCAGACCAUUCCCCUGGUCUCUGCCAGUUCUGUGCCACCACCCCUGCCCCUACCCAAGAGCUUCCUACUCAAGUCCUUAGAACAAGUGAGGAAGAUCCAGGCCAAAGACGAGGUGCUGCUGGAGCAGCUGGUGAGUAAGAGGCGGCAGAGGUGUGCCACCUACAAGCUGUGCCACCCUGAGGAGCUGGCACUGCUUGGUCACUCCCUGGGCAUCCCACAGGCUCCCCUGAGCAGCUGUUCCAGCCAGGCCCUGCAGCUGAGGAGCUGCCUGAGACAACUCCACAGUGGACUCCUUCUCUACAAGGGCCUCCUGCAGGCUCUGGCAGGGAUUUCCCCUGAGCUAGCCCUCACCUUGGACAUGCUGCAGCUGGAUGUUACCAACUUUGCCACCACCAUCUGGCAGCAGAUGGAAAACUUAGGGGUGGCCCCUGCCGUGCAGCCUACCCAAAACACCAUGCCAACCUUUGCUUCUGCUUUCCAGCGCCGGGCAGGAGGUGUCCUGGCCACCUCCCACCUGCAGGACUUCCUGGGGAUGGCCUACCGUGCUCUGCGUCACUUCGCCCAGCCCUGA